AUGGCCGAAGCACAGCUCAACGACUUCCCCUCCCUCUUCUCUCUCAAGGGCAAGGUCGUCGUUGUGACCGGCGGUUCCCGUGGUCUCGGCCUGCACGCUGCCUCAGCCUUCCUCCAAGCCGGCGCCUCCAAGGUCUUCAUCUCCUCCCGCAAGCGCGCCGCUUGCGAAGAGGCCUGCAAGGCACUUAAUGCCCUCCCCAACCUGUCCCCCGGCGCCGUUGCCAUCUCCGUCCCCUCCGACGCUGCUGACAUCAAGGGCGUCGAGCACCUUGUCGCCGAGGUGAAGAAGCAUACGGACCGCGUCGACGUGCUUUUCGCCAACGCCGGCGCCACUUGGGGCGAGGCCUUUGAUACGCACCCCGACAGUGCUUUUGCCAAGGUCAUGGAUCUCAACGUCAAGGGCGUCUUCAACACCAUCCGGCUCUUCACACCGCUGCUAGAGAAGGCGGCCAACACGGAGGACCCAGCGCGCGUCAUCAUCACAGCCUCGGUGGCGGGUCUGGGCGUCGGCACGCUGGGCAAGCAGGGCACGUACGGCUACAGCGCCAGCAAGGCGGCCGUGAUCCACCUAGGCAGAAACCUGGCGUUGGAGCUGGCACCGAGGCACAUCACGGUCAACUCCAUCGCCCCUGGCUUCUUCCCGAGCAAGAUGUCCAACGGCCUUCUCGAGAUCGGGGGCGGCGCCGACAAGAUCGGCAAGGGGAACCCCAUGGGCAGGCUGGGACGGCCCGAGGACAUUGCGGGCGCCGUGGUGUACCUCGCCAGCCGUGCGGGGUCGCAUGUGAACGGAGAAGUGAUCGCUAUUGACGGCGGAUCGCUGUGGCAGCGUGGGGAGCUCAAUAUUUCCCCCAAGUUGUAG